AUGCUGCCGCAGCACUUUGACCUUUUGAAGGGCCUAGUGAACCCCAACUAUGUGGAGCAGGGGGCGCAGGCCCGCAACUCGCGCUCGAAGCAUUUCACGGCGCUGUUCACACAGCGUCGGCUGCCGGAUGUGGGCUGGAAGGAGGAUGACAUUCAAGCACUGCUGGAUGAAAUGGCGUCCUUUGACACCAACAACUUUGAGGGAAACGUUGGAGUCGGAGAAAGAGAAGGCCGCGUCAUCUCUGACCUGGUUCGGCGUAGGCAUUUUGGCCUGACGCAUGGUAUCGGUCGGAGUGGAGAUGUCAUGGCGGAGCAGCCGAAAGCUGCCGGGUCUUCCCUCUUGGUGCAGCUGACAAGAUACUUAGCGCUGGAUGCGAUUCGAUUAGCUGGGAUCAAGGCUGCCAAAGCUUGCGCGGUCUUGCCUGCUGCGACAGGACUCACCAUGACGCUGGUAUUUCUGGCCUUGCGGCAGAUGAGGCCAGAAGGGAAGUAUGUGGUCUGGUCCAGGAUAGAUCAGAAAUCCUGCUUCAAGGCGAUUGGAGCAGCUGGUCUAAAGCCCAUUGUCGUUGAGCUGAAGCCUAUCGAAGGCACUGAUGCUUUGGGGACCGACCUCGAAGGCAUGCGCAGUGCCAUUGAACAGGUUGGAGCUGAUGAGGUCCUUUGCAUCUGCACCACCACCUCCACCUUCGCGCCGAGGGUGCCAGAUUUCAUCGAUGAGGUCGCAGUGAUGGCACAGGAAUUGCAGGUGCCGCAUGUGAUCAACAAUGCGUAUGGCCUGCAGUGUUCCAAGUGCGCCCAUUUGGUUGAGACUGGCUGCCGCCGUGGUCGCGUCGACGCCUUUGUGCAGAGCACGGACAAGAAUUUCAUGGUCCCCGUGGGUGGUGCCAUUGUGGCAGCUCCUUCUGCAGCCCUGGUGGACAAGGUCUCUGGGCUUUAUCCGGGCAGGGCAUCGAUGAGUCCUGUGUUGGACCUGUUCAUCACCUUGCUGUCCUUGGGCGCUCCAGGGUGGACGGGGCUCCUACAAGAGCGAAAGGAGAACGCCAAGUGGUUUGAGGAACGCUUGGGCACCGUGUCCAGCAAGCUGGGACUGCGAGUCCUGAAGGUUCCAGCCAACCGCAUCUCCUUUUGCAUCGACCUUUCACCUUUGGGAAGGUCAACUGAUGGAGCGGAGGAUAUGGACCACCUCACCUUUCUGGGUUCCGCUCUCUUCACCCGACGCGUCUCUGGGCCUCGUGUGGUGCUGUGCACGCCGAAGCCCGGUGCAGCAACUCUCGAUGUGGAGACUCCAGCUGACACCAUUAAGGUGAAGGGCAAGUACCAGAAGGUCAUAGAUGGCACUCCUUUCGAGUGCUAUGGCGCUCACACCAAUUUCUACCCAUGCUGCUACCUGACAGCUGCCUGUGCCAUAGGUGCCAGUCGCAAAGAGAUGGAUGCCUUCCUCGAACGGCUGGAAGCUGCAGUGCAGGACUACAAGAAUGGUGCUGGAAGGAAAGAGAAAAGUGGAAUUGCCAAGCCGGCGUUGGGAAGCUAG